AUGACUACUAUUGUGACUGUGUAUGUGGAUGACAUUAUCAUCACAUGUUCUGAUGAGGCUGAAAUCUCUGCUUUGAAAGCUCAUCUUCACCACACUUUUAGCAUCAAGGAUUUGGGCUUACUCAAUUAUUUUCUUGGUAUGGAAGUCAGCCACACUUCUGAUGGUUAUGUUCUUACUCAAAGGAAAUACACUAAGGAAAUGUUAUCUGGCUGUGAGCUUGAUAUUUCUAAACCUGCACUCACCCCUUUUCCAUUAAAUCUAAAGCUUUCCCCAAAAGGUCAAAUAUACCCUAAUGUUGACCUAUACAAACGUUAUGUUGGGAAGCUUAACUUUCUUACACAUACCAGACGAGACCUUGCCUUUGCUGUUCAAUCACUCAGUCAGUUUAUGCAUUCCCCUAAGCUUGCUCACAUUGCUGCUGUUACUCACACUAUAAGAUAUGUUAACCAUACAUCAGGGAAAGGCAUCCUUUUAAUAGAUACAGAUCAACUCACUCUACAUGCUUUUUCUGACUCUGAUUGGGCAUCUUGCUCUUCCACCAGAAGAUCAAUCACAUGCUACAUUCUUCUUCUUGGUAAUUCACCUAUCAACCGGAAAUCUAAAAAGAAAUCUACGGUCUCUAAAAGCUCUUAUGAAGAAGAAUACAGGGUAAUGUCUCAAGAUGCUAGUGAAGUCUCAUGGAUAGUUAGGUUAUUGGAGGAAUUGGGCAUUCAAGGUUUGAAACUAGUUCAACUGAAUUGUGACAAUCAAUUUUCCCUUCACAUUGCUAGAAAUCCCAUUUUUCAUGAAUGA